UUGGAACACGUGCUCCUCUCUCGCGGCAUCGACGCUCGCUCCUCGAGACUGAGAGACCGCCAGAACUUUCGAUGUCCGCCUGCAGGAUCAACUGCCUUUCUCAGUCUCUCCACGGACGGGAAAUGCUUCCCUUGUACCAACCGCCGUCAAAGUACGCAGGGGCGCUUUUUGGGUCAAGUAGGAAUUGUUCUGAAUACGAGCGACCACGAAGACCUCAUCAACACUGCUCUACCUGACUACAACCCUGCUGCCUGUCUGUUGGAGAGUGACUCUGAGGAAGAUGAGACUGAGGAAGAGAGUAGUGCGCAGGAGGACGAGGCUGCAGUAGAUGCUUCAGGCAUUCCUGGAUGGGACAGGGUGGACGACCUGGCCGAGCUGGACAGGAUGGCCUAGCUGUCAACACCAGCCAGGCACAAGAGAUUGAACAUCUCUACAACUGGCUGGUGGACUACAACAAGCGGCCAAUCUUCCACCCUCAUCACCAAAGGCCAUCCAUCCCGAGGCAGAUUUGCCCUGAAGAAGCAACUGGGCAUGAGUGUGGAAGCCACGAAAAAAGGUGCUUUCUUUCGGCUGGAUCACCAGCUUCCUCGCCUUCAAAAAGCCGUCUCGUUGAGGUUAUCUCAUGGAGUAUUUUGCGAAAAAAGACAGAGAAGAGGUAAACCACAGGAGGAGAAAACAAAGACAAAGAAUAAGAAGAAGAAGAAGAGAAGAACUGGAGAGGUGCCUGAGGGACGGCGAGAUGGAGAGGGCGAGGGAAAUUGCGAAACAAAUGCAAGAUUGGGAGUUGGUGGGUCUUGAAGAAGCCCUGAGAACAAUGAAAAUCACAGGUAGCUAUGUCAUAUAUGAUAAAACCUUUACUAUGCAGGUGCUACUCCAACUCCCAACCCCCGCUCUCCCUCCCCUCCCCCCAAGAUGGAGAAUCUGGCACUCCACCUCCACCAACUCGUAACCCCAUUUACGUACUUGCACUGACAUAAUCAUUUACUUACAUCAUUUACUUACCUAUAUACCUCAUUACAUUUAUCAUAUCUUAUAUGCAAAGUGCAUGACAAGGUGGGAAUGGGACCUGAAAAGGCUGUCAGUGGGUUGACAUAGUAAGCAAGAGAG